UGUCUUUAUCGUGUAAUGGAUACAAAACAACUCGACUCUUCACUAGGUAGAACACAAGUAGAUGAAACUACAGAAGAGAAGCAUACUGGAACAGACUUGACGCCACAUGUAACAAAAACUUUGGUGAAAAACGAAGACACGGCCUCUUCUACACAAAGAGAAGAAAUAAAAGGAAUGGUUUCAAUCCAGCAGUCGAUUUCAUCGGAGACAGGUCAAACCUCCAAUACCCAAUGUGAAAAGCGACGAAGACUAAGCAACCAUACCAAUUGUGCAGCAGCACAAAUAGAGUCAUUGCAUGAGCAAUUACUUAAGCUACAAAGUCACGCACUUCACUUGGAGAGUGAGCUUUCCAAAGCAAGGACAGAAAUGGAUAGACUCCGAGCAGGAGCAGCAGCAGCAGCAGCAGCUCAUGCAAAGGGACGUUGUUCUUGUCAGAGACUGGGUGGAUUGAAUGGUGAGUUGAUGUAUUGUUCACAUUGUAAUGAAAUGUUGGAUGGAUGCCCGAAAUGUGUGUUUGGACCUACGGUUACUGGUCAACAACAUUCAUUUGACACUCCAGAUGCAAAUAAUGAUGAUAGCAUGUUUCAUUCGGAUUGGGAAGAAAAUAAGGAAAAAAGGAAAAAAUCCAAAACUACAACGGACAAGGGAGGACAAUCAAGAUAUUGGUCACCGGAAGAACAUAAACUGUUUCUAGAAGCUCUUUCGGAAUUUGGUCACAGAGAUUUGCGAGCUAUCUCUACUUAUGUUGGGACGAGAUCGAUGGUGCAAUGUAGAACUCAUUUACAGAAAUACUUUAUGAAGUUGGCGAGGGAAGCAAAAAGAAGUACUUCGCAACAACAUUUGCAGUCUGGUCAGUCCUUUGGCUUAUCCAUCUGAAGAGAACAGAAAGAGAAAUGAGAAAACCG